ACUUGAAAUUUAAAAAAAAAACACAAGCUGCCAUUUUGCUGCAUUUGAGUUCAAUAGCGUUCGUUUUUUUGAUAAUACUCGCAAUAACUUCAUAAAUCUGUUGAAAAUCUUGAACAGUUCGUGUAAUUUGAAAUCGAAGCAGCACAACAAACAUAAAAAUGGCAGCGAGCGACUCUGGGACAGAUGAGUCACUGUAUCCUAUUGCGGUGCUCAUUGACGAAUUGAAAAACGAGGAUGUACAGCUCCGUUUGAACUCUAUCAAGAAGUUAUCCACCAUCGCGCUGGCGCUGGGUGUAGAGAGGACCAGGUCGGAGCUGAUCCCCUUCCUCACGGAGACCAUUUACGACGAAGAUGAAGUUUUACUCGCUCUCGCCGAACAACUAGGAAACUUCAUCAACCUGGUCGGUGGUGGUGAGUUCGCCCACUGCCUGCUCCCGCCUCUAGAGUCACUGGCGACCGUCGAAGAGACCGUAGUCCGUGACAAGGCAGUAGCUUCACUCCGUGCUGUAGCCGCCCACCACACCCCACAAGCUUUGGAGCAACACUUCGUACCACUGGUCCAGCGCCUUGCAGGAGGUGAUUGGUUCACAUCCCGUGCCUCUGCUUGUGGCUUGUUCAGUGUAUGCUACCCCCGCGUGUCAGCGCCGGUGAAGGCCGAGCUCCGCCAGCACUUCCGCUCGCUGUGCCAGGAUGACACGCCCAUGGUGCGCCGCGCCGCCGCCUACAAGCUCGGAGAGUUCGCCAGGGUCGUGGAAGUGGAGUACGUCAAGAGCGACCUGAUUCCUAUGUUCGUUACACUAGCUCAGGAUGAACAAGACUCAGUCCGUCUGCUGGCGGCGGAGGCGUGCGCGGCGGUAGCAGCCCUGCUGCCGCCGGAGGACAUGGAGCAGCUCGUGAUGCCGACCGUCCGCGCCCGCGCCGGGGACACCUCCUGGAGGGUGCGCUACAUGGUCGCUGAUAAGUUUGUAGAGCUGCAGCAGGCAGUAGGACCUGAGCUGGCUCGCUCCGACCUGGCGCAGAUCUUCCAAGGUCUGCUCAAGGACACUGAGGCCGAAGUACGCGCCGCUGCCGCUGGCAAGGUAAAGGACUUCUGCAUGAACCUGGACAAGGCGCACCAGGAGCACAUCAUCAUGACCAUGAUCCUGCCACAAAUCAAGGACCUGGUCUGUGACGCCAACCAGCACGUCAAGUCCGCACUGGCAUCCGUUAUCAUGGGCCUCAGCCCCAUCGUCGGGCGACAGAACACCAUCGAGCACCUCCUGCCCCUGUUCCUCACACAACUGAAGGACGAGUGCCCCGAGGUCAGGCUGAACAUCAUCUCCAACCUCGAGUGCGUUAACGAAGUCAUCGGCAUCCAGCAGCUGGUGCAAUCCCUUCUCCCCGCCAUCGUGGAGUUGGCUGAAGACACAAAAUGGCGCGUCCGCCUCGCCAUCAUCGAACACAUGCCACUCCUCGCCGGCCAGCUCGGGCAGGAGUUCUUCGACGAGAAACUGACCGGACUCUGCAUGUCCUGGCUCAUCGACCACGUGUACGCCAUCCGCGAGGCCGCCACACUUAACCUCAAGAAAUUAGUAGAACAAUACGGAUCUCAGUGGGCAGAGACCAACGUUAUCCCCAAGGUACUGGCCAUGUCCCGUGAACAGAACUACCUGCACAGAAUGACUUACUUGUUCUGCAUCAACGUGCUGUCCGAGGUCUGCGGCAAGGACAUCACCACCAGGGUGCUGCUGCCCACCGUGCUGUCCAUGGCCGACGACAACGUCGCCAACGUUAGGUUCAACGUCGCCAAGACUCUGCAAAAGAUGGCGCCCUUCCUAGACCCCGCGGUGAUCCAGCCGCAAGUGAAGCCCGUGCUUGAGAAACUAAAUGUAGAUCCUGAUGUUGAUGUAAAGUACUUCGCCUCGGAAGCGAUCGCCGGAAUCGCGGGGUAAAUUAAAUAUAAGGCCAUUUAUAAAAAAUGCAUUUGUCGUAGCAAAAUUCACAGUAAGUUGCGGGUAUUCAUCAACGGGCACCGUUCGGAUAGCUAGAAAAAUGCAGUUUUUGUUAUUCUACUUAUAAUUCAAAUUAACAUUAGUAAUGAUUACACGAUCCCUGCGGUCUAUAGGUAUAAGCUGGAGUAUUUUAUAAUCUAGUAUUUAUAUUUAUUACCCAUGUAACGCCCGGCGUAAUCCCAGUUUCACGGGAAAUUUUCGUAUAUGUAUUUGUAGAAAAUUAAUUUUCUUCAUUCCAGUCAACAUCAGAAUACUUAAAAUUGUCUACAUGACUAUGCAGAGCAUGUACAUAGUGUCUGAUACAAUACAAUUAUUGAAAUAAAUAUAAAUAAAUAACA